AUGCAGAUUUUCGUCAAGACCCUCACCGGCAAGACCAUCACCCUCGAGGUCGAGUCCUCUGAUACCAUCGACAAUGUCAAGUCGAAGAUCCAGGACAAGGAGGGCAUCCCCCCCGACCAACAGCGCCUGAUUUUCGCUGGAAAGCAGCUUGAGGACGGCCGAACCCUUUCUGAUUACAAUAUUCAGAAGGAAUCCACCCUUCACCUUGUUCUCCGCCUUCGUGGUGGUAUGCAGAUUUUCGUCAAGACCCUUACCGGCAAGACCAUCACCCUCGAGGUUGAGUCGUCCGACACCAUCGACAAUGUUAAGUCGAAGAUCCAGGACAAGGAGGGUAUUCCUCCUGACCAACAACGAUUGAUUUUCGCCGGCAAGCAGCUCGAGGAUGGCCGCACCCUCUCCGACUACAAUAUCCAGAAGGAGUCCACGCUCCAUCUGGUCCUCCGUCUUCGUGGUGGUAUGCAGAUUUUCGUGAAGACUCUUACUGGCAAGACGAUUACCCUCGAAGUUGAAUCAUCGGACACCAUCGACAACGUUAAGUCCAAGAUUCAGGAUAAGGAGGGCAUCCCUCCCGACCAGCAACGUCUUAUCUUUGCUGGUAAGCAACUGGAAGAUGGCCGCACCCUUUCUGAUUACAACAUUCAGAAGGAGUCCACCCUUCACCUCGUCCUCCGUCUCCGUGGAGGUAUGCAGAUCUUUGUCAAGACCCUUACCGGCAAAACCAUUACGCUUGAAGUUGAGUCUUCCGAUACCAUCGACAAUGUGAAGUCGAAGAUUCAGGACAAGGAGGGAAUUCCCCCCGAUCAGCAGCGUCUCAUUUUUGCCGGCAAGCAGCUUGAGGACGGUCGCACUCUUUCUGAUUACAAUAUCCAGAAGGAGUCCACGCUCCAUCUCGUCCUCCGCCUUCGUGGUGGCCACUAA